AUGGGGUUCAUAAUGUCACAAUCUGACACUAGUCUAUUUGUGAAAUAUGAUGGAGUGGAUGUUAUUGCAUUAUUACUCUAUGUUGAUGAUAUCAUUUUAACUGGUUCUAAUCCAAAAAAGGUUCAACCAGUUAUUACAGAAUUAGGGGAUGUGUUUGAUCUCAAGGAUAUGGGCAAAUUAUCAUACUUCUUGGGGCUGCAGAUUACAUACAAAUUAAAUGGAGAUAUUUUUCUCAGUCAAGCUAAAUAUGCCAAAGACUUGCUUCACAAGUUUCUUGAUUCAGAGGGCAUCCCUUUGCCUGAUCCAACAUUCUAUCAAAGUGUAGUAGGAGCUUUGCAAUAUCUUACAUUCACACAACCUGAUUUGGCAUAUGCUGUUAAUGUUGCUUGUAAAUAUAUGAAUACUCUCACUGAGGUGCACAUGAUCUGGUCAAAAGGAUCCUACGCUAUGUGCAAGUCUAAGAAGCAAGCUUCUGUUUCCAAAAGUUCAACUAAACCUGAGUAUAAAUCUCUUGCUCAUUGUGCUGCUGAUAUUACAUGGAUUCGAAAUCUGUUAAUGGAUUUGCAUUAG